GUGUUCUUGGGAAAAACUUGAGGAAUAGUGAUUUGAAAACAAUCAAGGAUGUUCAAGCUGAAUAUGUAAGGAAGAACCAAGAACUUGUGACAAAUUUAGUUCAUUUGAUCGAUGAGAAGAAUGACAACUUGGAAUGAGUUAAGCUCGAAUUGAAUUAGACCAGCUACUCUCUAAAGAACUUGGCGGAGAGAGUUGAAUUUCAAAAGCAAGAGCUCAAGAUUCGGAGUGGAGAGUUGGAGAAAAUUAAGGCACAAAGCGAAAGUGACAGAGAGAAACUUGCAGAAGAGAAACGAAAGAGUGAAAGAGGCACGCCUCAGAGAAAGAAUUGAACAGGAGAAGAAAUUGGAUGCCAAAGAUAAAUUGGAAUUAGAGGUUGAACUGUUGAGAGGGAAAUUGAAAGCCUUGACCUACAUGGAAGAUGAUGAUGCAGACUUGGAGUCGAAGAAGAAGUUAGAAGAAUUAACCAAAGAUCUGAAAGAAGAAAUCGAAGGUCUUGAAGCCCUUAACCAGACUCUUACCGUCAAGGAACGAGAAAGCAAUGACGAGCUGCAGGAUGCUCGAAAAGAACUAAUUAAGGAAUUGAAAGAAUUAGGCAGUCGUGCUCCGGUCCGAGUUAAGAGAAUGGGGGAAAUUGAUGUUAAACCUUUCCAGGAUGCAUGCAAGAAAAAGUAUACCUCUGAUGAAGCAGAGGUGCAGGCUUCUAUACUGUGCACUCAUUGGCAAGAUGAAAUUAAAGACCCAAAUUGGUUUCCUUUUGUAAAUGUCAAGGUUCGGAAUGAUGUAUAUAAGACAAAGAUAGAUGAGAAGGAUGAAAGGUUGAGUCGCUUGAGGAAUGACAUGGGUGACGAGGUAUUCAAAGCUGUUGCAACUGCUAUAUUGGAGUUAAAUGACUACAAUGGGAGUGGGAGGUACAUAGUCCCAGAAUUAUGGAACUUCAAAGAAGGCAGAAAGGCAACUUUGAAGGAGGGUAUCCAAAGAUUAUUAAGCAAAUCAAUGAAAAAGAAGUGA